AUGAUGCACCGAACUGUGGCGGCGCUCGCAGGGAUCAGUGGGAUGGCGGUGUACACCCCACCGUGCCGCGUUGCCCUCAAGGACUGGUGUGCCUGGACUGGAAAUGACUGGAAAAAGGUAUCGAGCGUCGUUGGCGACUCUUUUCGCAUUCCCAGCUGUAACGAGAACGCCUACACCAUGGCGGCGACCGCGACCCUCCGUCUCAUCCUCAACUACGGGGUUGACCCCGCCCGUGUCAGUUUCCUUGGACUAGGGACAGAGAGCAGCACGGAUAACUCCGCCGGCUCCAUUAUUGUGCGGGGUAUGGUCGAUAAGGCUUUAAAGGAACUUGGCAUGCCACGUAUAUCGCGUCACUGUGAAGUACCAGAGUUCAAGCACGCCUGCCUUGGUGGUCGUAUACGCUCUGAAGAGCGCCGCUCGCUACGCGGAGGUAGACGGUGA